AUAAUCCAAAGUGUACAGAUAUAGAAAGUAAGCAGGGUCCGCACUCAAUGCGAUGAAUCCAUGAUCAUGACCUCAUCUCAUCUCCUAAAAUAACACACAACAGUACUAAAGACAAAACCCCAAAAGCUUCUUCUUGUGACUCUCUCUACGUUUCCUUCUGUCUUCUUCUUCCUUUCUUCUUCCCUAUAUAUACAUAAAACCUUCUACUUUUGUUCUCCAAGAUCAUUUCGAGUGUCUCCAACAAAAAAAACCUUGGAAAGAUGGCGGAGGAAUUCGAUGAGUCUGAAGUUGUAUUCUCCAAUGGUUUCAGCUCCGUUCCCCAACGAGGAGAUGAAGAAAACAAGAAUCUUCUGCUCGGUUCUUUUGGAGAGAGGAACAUGACGAGACGGAUCAAAAUUAAGAAGAGCGCCACGGACGACAAGGCAGCCUUAUCGAGCUCGGUCCCGGUGAAUAUCCCGGAGAACAUGUUCCUGAGUUACGUUAACGGGAAGGAGGAGGAGGAGGAGGAACACUCAGACGGAGGAGGAGAGAUGGUUCCGCCGCAUAUUAUGGUUGGAAGGAGUUACCAAGGUGGACAAAUGGCGUUUUCCGUCUGUUCAGGUAGUGGAAGGACUCUCAAGGGCAGAGAUCUCAGCCGGGUUCGCAAUUCGGUUCUUAGGUUAACCGGGUUUUUGGAGGCUUGAACUGUUACCGGUUUGCCAUUUUAUUAUCUUUUCUCAACUUCUUUCUUUUCUUUUUGGGGGAAAAUUCCAGUGUUCCCGUGUUGUUUUUCCAUGUAAGUUAAAGGUGGUGGGGAAAAUGUGAAACAAAUCGUUAUCAUCCCCCUAGUUCCUAUUUUUUUCAUAUAUAUAUAUUUUUUUCCCUAAA